AUGGAUAUUAUGGCUGAAACACCUUGUAGACUAUGUUUGAACUUAGUAGAAAACAAUUAUGAACCAUUGGAAGGAAUUGUUGAGAAUAUGCUUAAAGAACUCCAACUCAACGUGACUCUAUCGGUAACCAAUCAACCAGUUUUGUGCAGUCAGUGUGCAGAAAAUCUUCAAAAAUCAUUCGAAUUUAAGUCCGUCUACAUCGAAGAUAUCAAAUUACCGCGCUUACUGUAUGAAGAAGAAUACAAAGAUGACACUGUUACAGGAGUCUGUUAUUUCUGUAUGGUUGUUAGAAAGUCACCAGCGAAUAAAGAAGAUAAACAGACUUUUAUGAAAGAAAUGCUGAAAAAUGUUUCACCACAAUUUGCAAAAAUAGAUGACGAGUUAUACUUCAUAUGUUCGAAAUGUACAAAACCUGUUACAGAUUUUGUCAAUUUCAUGAGAAAUUGUCUGAGGGUUGAAGAGAAGAUUGAAAAGUAUCGGAAAAUACAUGGAACUAAUAUAGAUGGUCAGGUGGACUUGCAUUCGGUAAAAAUGUUUGGAUUCGGAGAAAUCACAAGUGAAAUUGAAAGCGUGUACAUAAAAGAAGAAUUCACUGAAGAAAAUCAAAAAAAUGAGAGUAUCGACCAUGCAACUGCGUUGGACGGUAAAAUAUAUUAUAGAUACAGUUGCAUUCAAUGUCCAUUUGUUUCGAACCACAAGAAAAAUUUCAAUAAACACUUGAGAUACCACGAAAACCCUAAUAUAGUAAUUCACAAAUGUGAUAUAUGUUCAUAUGAAUCUGAAUUCAAAUCGAAUGUGAGGAUACACAAAGAUAUCCACAAAGACAAAUCCGAAUUAACGAUGCACAAAUGUACCCUUUGCUCUUAUGAAGCAAAAAAUAAAUGGGCACUGAGCAAACAUAUGUGUGUACACACAGACGUCGCUCUCUAUAAAUGUGCCUUGUGUCCGUAUGAAGGAAAACAGAAGCUCCAUUUAGAAAGGCAUAUGCUCAAGCACUCAGAUCCAUCUGAAUUAGAGAUGCAUAAAUGUCCUGUGUGCCCACACCAAACAAAGUAUAUCGAAAGUCUCAGGCAGCACUUGCUUCUACACAAGAGUCCUUCGGAAGUGAAGAUGUACAGUUGUGAGUAUUGCGGCUAUCAAACUAGGAUAAGGUCGAAUCUGAAAGUGCAUGUGUUGAUUCAUAAGGAUCCUUCAGAAAUUCAGAUGUUCAAGUGUGAUUACUGUCCAUAUGAAGCUAAAUCAAGAGGAAGACUCAAUAAUCACGUAACCAAACAUAAAGAGCGCACGGAAAUGAAAAUGCACAAAUGUCCAUUGUGUGAUUAUGAGGCCAAGUUCAAAUCUUUAGUUGGAAAGCAUAUGGUUAGACACAAAAUAUUGUCGGAGGAUGAAUGGAUCAGAUGUGAUAUGUGUUCCUUCAAGGCCAAGAGGAGAGAAAAUGUCAACAGGCAUAUGUUGGGUCACAAAGACACCUCGGAAGUGAAGAUGUUUAAAUGUAACUCUUGUUCUUAUGAAGCCAGACAUAAAGCAAGUCUCAGUUUACAUGUCCUUCGUCAUAUGGAUCCUUCACAGAUUGAAAUGUUGAAAUGCAAAUUUUGUCCAUUUGAAGCAAAACAUAGGAUUUAUAUGAAUAGCCACAUACUAAAAUGUCAUAAACAACCAACAUGUAAACCUAUGAUUAAAGUAGAGUAG